GUACAUUCGAAUAUAACUUAAAACACAUUGAUGGUACCGUUCUGUCUUUCUCCGUCAGUGUCUUCCUACCCGCUGCAUCGUGUGAAUUACAAGAGCGGUUGAAGUUUUGUAGAUUUUAUUAGUUAGAUGGGUGAAAUUUGGUGGUCAAUUUUGGGGGCAGCAAUCCCUGUGGUUAUUGCAGGACAAGCUUUUAGAGUGAAGAAAAAGAAUGCGGAAGAGGAGAGAUUAGCGAGCGCAAGGGGAAGAGAAAGGAGUUCCGAUGAAAUUUUCGUCUGCGAAAGAGUGUGCACUUCAAAGAGGAUGUUGAAAAAGGUUGGUUCUUUCUCAAAAGAUCCCAUUCCUGAUACUUGUGUUACUGUUUGUGGUGUAUCUGAUCUUGAUGCUUGUGCUGAUGCUUGUGCUCGCACUGUUUGUGUUAACCAACAUCAAGUACCGAAUUGGAAUGACAUAUGUCUUAGGAGAUGCCAGAGUGAGUGCCUUAAACUGUCGUCUCAAUCUUCUUAGAAGUUAGUUAGUUGCAUUUAGGCGAUGAAAUAUGUACUCUUAUGUUUCGAGUUUUGUAAUGUUGGAUAAUGGUUCGGCUCAUAACGCCAAUUGCUGAAUGCAGAUUUAUUAUAAACAAUUAUCACACUCGUUACUGAAAAGUUAGGAGUUGUCUGUGUAUUACUUUUAUGGUGUAAAUUUACAAUUUUUAAA